UGAUUCUAGUUUUCUAAUGUUCUGCUAACUUCUCCUCAUUUUCCUACCCACGGUAGUAUUUGACUUUACCUUGUAGCUUGUACCUAACAGUGCAGCCUGGGGUAGGUGCUUGCGUCUUGCGCUCAUGUGGAAUCUAUUUAAGACCCUUUGUGGGGCCUCAUUCCAAACUAUGUGCCCUUCAACCUAACUCUGUAGCAGGAGUCUCGAGCUUUUGAGAGAACCAUUUAGAUUCUUGUAACACAUGGGAAAGUUUGGCAGCAUUGUAAGUUGAGUGAAAAAAGCUGGGGUUGUGUUGUUGAAUUAGGUACGGAAAGGAUCUGCGUGUACUCGGUCUUUUCUUCGCGUUGUACCUUACGCUGACCAAGAAACUGAAGUCAGCGAAACGGAGAUGUGCCAUAAGUGCAUUUUGGUGGCCGAGCCAAACGGCUUGGACACGGUUUGUGGAGGAUGAGGGUUUGCCCUCUCUCAUGCGUGAGGAUUCAUUCUCCCGAGCGCAGCCGCUCGGUGAGCGGGGCCGGGAUCCCAGCGGGGGGAGCCGUGCGGCGGAGCCCAUUCCCGCGGGGCCCAUCCCCGCGGAGCCCAUUCCCGUGGCGAAGCCCACUGCCGCGGGGCCAGGCUCGCUGCGGACCCGGCUCUGGGCGGCGCCAGCCUCCCAGGAAAGGAACUUCCUCUUUAAAGCGGCACGUUACUAUGUAAGGAGGAUUUCUGAUGGGGCGGAGCUAUUUCUUGAGCAGAUAAAGGCUGCGGGAUUAACAGCCCUCUCAGACUGCGAUCAGCAUGAACUGCAGCCUGCCAGACGGAGCGCUGCUCCACUACACGAUGGAGGGACGGCGGCACAGGCUGUGCCUACAGUCUCUUUGGGACUUUGUCGCAGCAAAGGAGCCAUUGAUCAAGUCACCAUUUUUUCCAGUGCUGUUUUCUUUUACAGCAUACAUGGCUUUCUGUCUUCCGUAUAUUGCACUGGACUUCUUAAGCAUUAGACUACCAAACUUGAGAAAAUACAAAAUCCAGCCACAGAACUAUCCAACGCUUGGAAUGAUGGUGCCUUGCAUUAUUCAAAGUGUGUAUCACCAUGUUAUGUUGAUCUUCCCAGUGACAUUUCUCCACUGGUAUUGGAAACCAAUGAAUCUACCAGUGAUAGCUCCAGCGCUGCCUGAGGUCCUGCUGCAAGUAACAGUUUGCCUGCUGCUAUUUGAUUUUGAAUAUUUCCUGUGGCAUUUGCUUCAUCACAGGGUGCCUUGGCUCUACAAGACCUUCCACAAGGUGCAUCACAAGCACGUGUCGACGUUUGCCCUUACUACACAGUAUUCCAGUGUGUGGGAGUUACUCUCACUGGGAUUUUUUGCUGCUAUUAACCCACUGCUCCUUGGAUGCCAUCCUUUGACAGAAAUGAUUUUCUUCCUUGUAAACAUUUUUUUGUCAGUAGAGGACCAUUCAGGAUAUGACCUUCCGUGGUCAACUCACCGACUUGUACCUUUUGGUUUGUAUGGAGGAGCACCACAUCAUGAUCUCCACCAUCUGAAAUUCAAAUCAAACUAUGCUCCUUAUUUCACACACUGGGACAAACUCUUCGGGACAUUCACCAAGUCACAUUCUAAUUAAGAAUGGACAAACUCAUAUUUUUUAUAGACUGAACUGGGACAUUAUUUUUUUAAAGACAUACAGAAGAUUUGUAUAUUUGAAUCUGCCUGUUAAAGCAAUAGCUAUUUAUAACAAAGCCUCUUAAUAUAUGUGUAUUUGUAUGUGUACUUGGAACUGCCUGUGUUAAAUGACUGCAAAUGGGGAGGUGAAUAUCUGUUGCUUAGAUUUGAGUCAAAGGUUUAAGGGAAGCAUUAAGAGACAUUCUCUCUUUUUUCCUUCUUUCCUGCUUUCAUAAAGCAUGUAUCAUAUUACUGUAUGAUGUUUUAUACAUACGCCAGAACAAUUAUCUUACUGUUGUAGGAUGAUUUAUGAUGUAAACAGAAAAGGUACACAUCAUGGAUUUUUGUAGAGUUUAAUCUGCCAGAGCAUAUUAUUACGCAAUGAUAUUGUAAAAUAUUGCUGCCAAACCAGGGGAGUUGGCUAACUGUGCAAUAAUUUUCAUAUUUAUAUUUUCAACCUUGAUGUACUGUCUGUUUUUAAUAGAAAAUAAAUAUGGUCAUUCUUUUAAAAUCA